GCCAGGGGCGAUAGAUCCAACGAUUAGUCAGUUCCAUUCGAUUCGCAGUGUUGGUGGCCUGCUAGUUGGUAUCAACUACGUUCAUUGUGUAGAUUCGACGUUGUGUUCAUAAAACUGGGGCAAUUUUAUUCUUUCUAGCUCAGCAACAUGGCUUCGCGACGAAAGAUUCUAUUGAAAGUCAUCAUUCUUGGUGAUUCUGGAGUUGGUAAAACUUCUCUGAUGAACCAGUAUGUUAACCGAAAAUUUUCAAACCAGUAUAAAGCCACUAUUGGAGCAGAUUUUCUCACCAAAGAAGUAAUGGUAGAUGAUCGUCUGGUGACAAUGCAGAUUUGGGAUACAGCAGGACAAGAAAGGUUUCAGUCUCUGGGAGUUGCUUUCUAUCGUGGAGCUGACUGCUGUGUUCUUGUUUUUGAUGUUACUUCUCCUACUAGUUUUAAGGAUUUAGAUUCUUGGAGAGAUGAGUUUCUUAUUCAAGCUUCACCCAGAGAUCCUGAAAACUUCCCUUUUGUAGUGCUUGGGAACAAGGUUGAUUUAGAAAAUCGAGCUGUUUCAACCAAGAGAGCUCAACAGUGGUGUCAUGCCAAAAAUGACAUUCCCUACUUUGAAACAAGUGCAAAGGAAGGAAUAAAUGUUGAACAAGCCUUCCAAACAAUAGCUAGAAAUGCUUUGGCUCAGGAAACACAGGUUGACCUUUAUAACGAAUUUCCUGAACAGAUAAAACUGACUCCAGGUGAUCAAAGGGGAAACGGUCGACAAGAUUCGUGUUCAUGCUAGUUGGCGAUUUCUCUGGAUUUUUUUUUUUUCGUAUAUUCUCCUACCCCCCAUUUUGAAUCGGCACUGCUGGAUUUUUUUUCCAAGGGAUUAUCCAAAAUUAGAGCGGUUUAUUUUUAAUGACCAAACGUUCUAUGGCUAAAGAAACUUUGGUACUACAGGUCGUUAAUGUAGCAUAGUUAUCAUCUUCCUAAACAAUUGAUUUUUUCAUUCGGUUUGUUGAAAUGAUAAGCCGAUGAUAAUAUUUAGGUGAGAAAUUUUCCUUUGAAAGCGGAACGUUGAUUACUGCUGAUAUCCUUCCCCUCCUAUAAAUAUAUGAAUACAUACGUUUUCUUCUUUAA